UGCCAAAGCCAAAUAUACUUUUACACACAGAUAUAUAGAUGUGUAUGUAUAUAUCUAAAACAAUCACGGUGCUCAUAGUUGUUGUCUCGGAUGUUCUUUUGAUUUGAUUUGGUUGACCGAAGAUGUCGUUUAGGAGUCUUAAGGUUCCGCCGAACUCAGCGACACUGGAGGAGGCAAGGCAUCGGACCUUCGAAUUCUUCAAGACAGCUUGCAGAUCCAUUCCCACCGUCAUGGAUAUCUACAACCUGGACGACGUUGUCGCGCCCUCCCAGCUUCGCUCCACCAUCGCCGCCCAAAUCCGCAAGAACGGCCACGUUAAGGACCCUAAGGUGAUUGAUAUGCUGCUCUUUAAAGCAAUGGAAGAGCUGAACAAUAUUGUGGAGCAUGCGAAGCAGAGGCACCACAUCAUCGGCCAAUAUGUGGUGGGUAAUCAUGGGCUUGUGCAGGAUGUGGGCACUAAGGAUCAGGGCGCUUCCGAUUUCCUAAAGAAUUUCUACAAGACCAACUACUUCUGAACCUUAUUUGCUGGUGAAGCUCUCUUUGGAUUUCGCUUUUGGUUGUAGAAUUCCGAAAUAACGAUGAACUUGAAUCAGUUUAUGUACCUCCCUGUUGGAUAAAGGUCCCUUUGUUCUUCUUCUAAGGUCAUUGUGUUGGAACAAGAUGUUCAUUUCUAAAGAAGCUAUUUUGGUUAUCAGAAUAUAACGUCGAGAAAUUGGGCAUUUUAUUGCUUUAUGAUGAAGCAUGUAGCUUUCUGUGCUGUUGCUUAAUAAGAUCAAAUUCAAUGAGAUGAUUGAGUUUUGUAAAUCCAAUUUGAUGUUUAUUUUCUUGACAGAAGUGUUCUUAUUUGUGUUUGAAA